AUGAGCAAGCCGGCGGGAUCAACAAGUCGCAUUUUAGACAUCCCUUGCAAAGUGUGUGGGGACCGCAGCUCGGGGAAGCACUAUGGGGUUUACGCCUGCGACGGGUGCUCGGGAUUUUUCAAGAGGAGCAUCAGGAGGAAUAGGACCUAUGUUUGCAAGUCAGGAAAUCAGGGAGGUUGCCCGGUGGACAAGACGCACAGGAACCAGUGCCGAGCCUGCCGGCUGAAGAAGUGCUUGGAGGUCAACAUGAACAAAGAUGCGGUGCAGCACGAGAGGGGCCCCCGGACGUCGACGAUACGGAAACAGGUGGCCCUCUACUUCCGCGGGCACAAGGAGGAGAGCGGCGGAGCCCCGCAUUUCCCCGCUGCCGCCCUGCCGGCACCCGCCUUCUUCACCGCCGUCUCCCAGCUGGAGCCCCAUGGCCUGGAGCUGGCCGCUGUCACUGGCACCCCGGAGAGACAGGCUCUGGUGGGCCUGGCACAGCCCACCCCAAAGUACCCACAUGAAGUCAAUGGCACCCCUAUGUAUCUCUACGAAGUGGCCACUGAAUCCGUCUGUGAGUCAGCAGCCAGACUUCUGUUCAUGAGCAUCAAGUGGGCCAAAAGUGUCCCAGCCUUCUCCACCUUGUCCUUACAAGACCAGCUGAUGCUUUUGGAAGAUGCUUGGAGAGAACUGUUUGUUCUAGGAAUAGCACAAUGGGCCAUUCCAGUUGAUGCUAACACUCUACUGGCUGUAUCUGGCAUGAACGGUGACAAUACAGAUUCUCAGAAGCUGAAUAAAAUUAUUUCAGAAAUACAGGCUUUACAGGAGGUUGUGGCUAGAUUUAGACAACUUCGGCUAGAUGCUACUGAAUUUGCCUGUCUCAAAUGCAUUGUCACUUUUAAAGCUGUGCCCACACACAGUGGUUCUGAACUGAGGAGUUUCCGAAAUGCUGCCGCCAUAGCAGCCCUUCAAGAUGAAGCCCAGCUCACCCUGAACAGCUACAUUCAUACCAGGUAUCCCACACAACCCUGUCGUUUUGGAAAACUUCUGUUGCUUUUACCAGCUUUACGUUCAAUUAGUCCAUCUACAAUAGAAGAAGUGUUUUUCAAAAAGACCAUUGGGAAUGUACCAAUUACAAGACUGCUUUCAGAUAUGUACAAAUCCAGUGACAUAUAA